AUGGGCGCUAGGGAGGUGUCUGACGAUCCUACUCACCCAGAUUCAGCUGAAACUGUGCACAUAUCGGCAUUGGCUUUGCUAAAGAUGUUGAGACACGCUCGAAGUGGAGUCCCUUUAGAGGUGAUGGGUCUGAUGUUGGGCACUUUUGUGGAUGACUACACAAUAAACGUGGUGGAUGUGUUUGCGAUGCCACAGAGUGGAACUAGCGUUACAGUGGAAUCGGUCGACCCAGUCUAUCAAACAAAACAUAUGGAACUACUGAAGCAAACCGGUCGUACGGAAAUGGUUGUUGGAUGGUACCAUUCUCAUCCCGGAUUUGGUUGCUGGCUCUCCAGCGUUGAUGUCAGCACUCAACAAUCAUUUGAAGCUCUUCAUCCUAGAGCGGUCGCUCUAGUUGUAGAUCCAAUACAAAGUGUUAAGGGGAAAGUAAUGCUAGAUGCAUUCCGAUCUAUCAAUCCGUUAGCAGUUAAUCCUCGACUUUGUGCCCCAACUGCCGAACCUCGUCAAACUACCAGCAAUAUGGGUCAUCUUGUUCGACCGAGCCUUGUCUCUACUGUGCAUGGCUUAGGAUUACGGUAUUAUUCCUUAAAUUGCGCUUAUAAACUAACUACAAGAGAGCAGAAGAUGCUGUCUCGCUUAAAUCAGAAAACAUGGCUGGAUGGAAUGGAUAUACGACUGUUUUCCGCUGUUGAACAGGAUAACAGUGAUAAAGUAGGAGAAAUGCUCAAGCUUACGCAGCUGUUUACCAAGGAUAUACAAUCGGAGAAGCCGAUUGCGACUAAUGAAGAACAAAUUAGGAAGUAUGGCCGAUUGAAUGCUAAACAAAAAUUGGAAGAAGUCAGUGUUGUACGAUCAUGCUUGCGAUUUAUUCCACUCUCUUUGCCGUUUUCAGCUGGCUAA